AAUGGAAGAGAAAGGCAGAUAAUGGCCAAAAGGUAAAGCUAAGAGAUGAGUCGAGUUUUUUUUUUUUGAGUUGAGAUGAGUUGAUGUGUCGCUUUUUCUCAAUCAGUACCGAGUCGCUUUAUCAACCAAACACUCAUUUUUGUUAAUUAAUUUUUUCAUGGAUUCUAAUAAUCGAUCCCUGUCUGCUUAAUUAUUUUUCAUCUGUCUUCCUGCUUCUUUUGUUGAUUUCAACCCUAGAUUUUUUGUUGCUGCAAUAUGCAAGGGUUUAAGUAACCAAAAUGCAGCCAGAAAUAUAGAAAUGGGUGUGCACCUUUGCAUACCCAGAGUUGGAGACCAUAAUGUUUGCUGAGGAUGCGAUUGAGGAAUCACUUCGUUGGGAUUUUGAGUCUCUAACUGUGUCUAAACGGCUUGUGAGGAGUGUUAGCCAGAAGUUGAGGAAAAAAACCCAUAGAGCUGAAGGGGAUGAAGAGGAUAAGGUGAGAGGGGUUUCUUUGAAAUGUCUUACUCUAUAUGGUAGAGGUGGUGGUUGCAAAGUCGGUGCUGACACUGGUGAGGAGUUUGGUGAUCCAAGUUGGAGAAGGUCAAGUACUAGUGAAGAAGGAAAGGCGUGCAAAUCAAUUUGUGGUAUUGAGGAUAAUAGUUUCGAUUGCUUCUCAUAUGGCAUGAGGGAGAAGUUUUGGAAGAAAAGCAAUAGAAAGGAUUUAGAUCUUGAGGAGUCGGUACGAAUCGGCAAGAUGCAUAUCUAUCUUCCAGAUGACAUUCUUGAGAUGUGCUUGGUGAGACUACCAUUGACCAGCCUUAUGAAUGCCCGCCUAGUGUGCAAGAAAUGGAGAAAUUUGACUACAACUCCCAGGUUUUUGCAGAUGAGACGAGAAGGUUCAUGUCAAAAACCAUGGUUGUUUCUCUUCGGUGCUGUUAAAGAUGGCUAUUGCUCUGGGGAGAUACAUGCACUGGAUGUAUCUCAAGAUCAAUGGCAUAGGAUUGGUGCUGAUAUCCUAAGAGGAAGGUUCAUGUUCUCAAUUGCCAGUAUGCAGGAUGAUGUUUAUAUUGUUGGAGGUUGUUCAAGCCUAACCAACUUUGGGAGAGUGGAUAGGAGCUCAUUCAAGACGCACAAAGGUGUAUUGGUCUUUAGCCCUCUCACCAAAUCUUGGCGCAAAGCUUCAUCUAUGAGGUAUGCUAGAUCAAUGCCUAUUUUAGGAGUAUCCGAGGUCUGUUCAGAUUUCUCGAUCAAUCAAAGCCAUCAGAAUCGACAUGAGAGGCAGUCUCCCAGAUCACGAGUUGGUGGGGUGUCAGAUGUUUAUGAGGAUCCUCACAGGCUUUCACUCAGACGUCAGUACGGAAAUGCUUUCGAUGUAAAUGAGCCUUCAUCAUUACCAAAUAGAAAAUCAUACAAGUUCAUCAAACAGAGAAGUGAACAACCAAAUACGAAGGGUUGUAAAAGAUUCGUGUUGAUUGCUGUUGGAGGUCUUGGAUCUUGGGAUGAGCCACUGAAUUCUGGUGAAAUCUAUGAUUCUGUAUCAAAUAAAUGGACUGAAAUCCAAAAGCUGCCUAUAGACUUUGGUGUAUUUUGCUCUGGGGUUGUUUGUAAUGGGAUGUUCUAUGUUUGCUCCGAGAAUGACAAGUUAGCCUAUUAUGACAUAGAAAGAGGCUUCUGGAUUGGAAUCCAAACCUCCAAAUUUCCUCCUCAUGUUCAUGAAUACUAUCCAAAACUUGUUUCUUGUAAUGGUCGGUUGUUUCUGCUGUCUGUCUCUUGGUGUGAGGGAGAUGGGCAAAUUGGUCGGAGAAACAAGGCGGUGAGAAAAGUGUGGGAGCUAGAUAUGAUGUAUCUUACAUGGACCAAGGUCUCGAUGCACCCUGAUGCUCCAAUGGACUGGAACCCUGUUUUUGUCGCCGACAAGGACUUAAUAUUUGGGGUUGAAAUGUUUAAAAUAUUUGGUCAGGUAUUGGAUUUCUUCACUGUGUGUGAUGUGUCUAAUACGGAGAUGAGUUGGAGCCAUAUUUCUAGGAACAACGUGGCUCAUGAAUUAGAUGCUUCUUCUUGCUUGACCAAGACAAUGGCGGUUCUACACCUGUAAUGUCUUCUGCAAAACACUGUAAUUCCAUCGGAAAAUCAUAGAACAUCACAGUUGCUCGUUCGGGUAUUUUGUGCUUACGUUUCUUUCGACCUGUGAAUUUUUCGUAUUUAUUUCGUUGAUUCUCCACAAUUUUUUACAAUGGCGACCACAUCUGGUCUGUAGUGUUCAUUCAGUGUUAGCACAGUUAUGGUCAUUUGUAGUCUUCUCAGUAAUUUCUUCACCAUUGUUCAUAAACGGAUUAUGUAUUUUUCAUCUUGCUUCUGUUGCAUAUGUAAUAAAUUUCUGCCAUGUUUAUUCAUUAA